AUGCCUGAAGUUCAGUCUCCUGGAUUCCCUCAUCCUGUGGCUUGUUUUCGUCAUAUUCAUAUUGAUAUUAUUAUUGAUUAUAUGAAUAUUUUGAAAAUACAUCUCUCUCAAGUCAAUGACUACCUUCGUCAACAUGAACUAAUUGAACUUAUUUUCUAUGCCCUAUUUUUCGUGGCCUUUACCUUUAUGAUAAAGAAAACUCUUAAUUUAUUCUCUGAUGGGCCGAAAAUUAAAGCUACUCUCUUCAGAUUUUUAACCGAUCUUCCUUAUUUUCGUGAUAUCAAAAAAAGAAAAAUUAUUGAUGCAGAAAUGGAAAUUUUUAAAUCCAUUCACGGAAAAACCAAAAAUCUAGGAUAUCAAACGCGCAUGCCGAAAUCUUCAAAAUCCAUAGAUGAUGUUUUGAAACAAGCCGAUUCAUACAACUCAGGUUCGAUUGUUUCUUGGAAAGAUGGUCGAAUGUCGGGAACUGUAUACCCCUUCAAUGAAGAGUUAAAUGAUCUCCUUAUCAAGAUUCAAAAAAAAUAUCUCUGGUCGAAUCCACUUCAUGUUGAUGCGUUUCCAGCUGUUCGCAGAAUGGAAGCCGAAGUUGUUAGUAUGUGUAUCGAUCUCUUUCAUGGUGAUUCAGAAUGCUGUGGCACAAUGACCUCUGGAGGAACUGAAAGUUUGUUGCUCGCUUGUUUUGCUUAUCGAAAUCGCGCUUACAAGCUGGGAAUCAAAAAUCCGGAGAUCGUGGUUCCAGUAUCGGUUCAUGCCUCGUUUGAUAAGGCUGGCAUGCUGAUGAAUGUUAAAAUCAAGAAAGUGCCUCUUGAUCCAGUGACUUUUAAGGUGGAUCUGAAAGCUAUGUCUCGAGCUAUCACACGAAGAACAUGCUUGCUAGUUGGAUCAGCACCACAGUUUCCGCAAGGAAUUAUUGAUGAUAUCGAAGGCAUAGCUAAGCUUGGUGAAUCGUAUGGAAUUCCUGUUCACGUGGACAGUUGUCUGGGUGGUUUUCUGUUGCCUUUCAUGGAUGAAGCAGGCUAUUCACUACCACCUUUCGACUUCAGACUCCCCGGAGUUACGAGUAUUUCGUGUGACACUCACAAGUAUGGAUUUGCCGCAAAGGGAACAUCGGUGAUUAUGUACAGAAGCAAGACUCUUCGAGGUAAUCAGUACUUCCUUGUUCCUGAUUGGACUGGUGGAAUCUACGCCACACCAACACUCGCUGGAAGUCGUUCAGGCGCUCUGAUCUCAGCCUGCUGGGCUGCUUUGAUGUAUUUCGGGAGGGAUGGUUAUGUGAAAUCAGCCAAACGCAUUAUUUCAACAGCUCGGAAAAUCGCUGAAGGUGUGGCUUCCAUUCCGGGUUUGCGCUUACUUGGUGCUCCUCAAGUGAGUGUGAUAGCUUUCACAUCAGAUAUCUUUGACAUCUACCAACUGUCCGAACUCUUGUCUCAUAAUUCUGACGGUUCUCCUAAUUGGAGUCUAAAUGCUCUACAAUAUCCAUCCUCGAUACACCUCUGUGUCACAGAUGUACAUACCCAACCUGGAGUUGCUCAGCAGUUCCUAGAUGACCUUCGAAAUGCUGCCGAACACCUCAUAAAGGAGCCCAAAAUGAAGGCGACUGGAAAGGCGGCAAUAUAUGGGAUGUGCGCACAAAUACCCGAUCGCUCGCUAGUUGCGACGGUUGUUGCAAGUUUUUUGGACGCGUGUUAUGCCACAGUGGGUCCCUCGGACUAA